CCUAACACGAUAUAUUAUUUCCCUUUAAAACUUUUUCUAGUCUACUCUGUCAUCCUCUACCCACCCCUCUUCUUUAAUUUUCAGAUCAUCACCGGCGCUCGGCGUUUGAUCUGACAUGGAUCUCAGAACCGCGGCUUCUCUCUUCCUCGCCGCCGCCCUUCUUUUGGCCUUCCACGGCUGCGCGGCUCUCAAGCAAGGUGAAAGAUGCGUGUCCAAUAGCCGGUGUGACGCCGGGCUGCAUUGCGAGACCUGCAUCGCCGGAGGCAUGCUAACGCCUCACUGUACUCGCAUUCAACCGCUCAAUCCAUUCUCCAAGGUGAAAGGGUUGCCGUUUAAUCGGUACUCGUGGCUAACGACCCACAACUCGUUUGCCAAAUUGGGUGUGAAGUCGGGCACCGGAGACGCCUUGCUCACCACCAUGAACCAGCAGGAUUCCAUCACCGAACAGCUCAAUAAUGGUGUGAGGGGUUUGAUGCUGGAUAUGUACGACUUCAACAACGACAUAUGGCUAUGCCACUCCUUUGGAGGGAAAUGCUACAAUUUCACGGCGUUCCAGCCGGCGAUCAACGUGCUCAACGAACUUCGACUCUUUCUCGAAGCAAACCCCGCCGAGAUAAUCACCGUCAUUAUCGAAGACUACGUUACAUCUCCCAACGGACUAAACAAGGUUUUCGAUGCCGCCGGUCUGAGGAAGUUCUGGUUCCCCGUUUCUCGGAUGCCAAAGAACGGCGCCGACUGGCCUUCCGUCGAUGAUAUGGCUAAGAAGAAUCAGCGUUUACUCGUUUUCACUUCUAAAUCUGCCAAAGAAUCCUCCGAAGGCAUCGCCUACCAAUGGAGAUACAUGGUAGAAAACCAAUAUGGAGAUGAUGGGAUGAAAAACAGUUCGUGUCCUAAUCGCGGUGAAUCACCGGCCAUGAACACCCGAUCAAGGUCAUUGGUUCUGAUGAACUAUUUUCCGAGCGCCCCGAAUUUGGCCCAAGCUUGCAAACAUAACUCCGAAUCAUUAAGGAGCAUGAUGAAUACGUGUUUUGAAGCUUCUGGUAAAAGAUGGUCUAACUUUAUUGCCGUUGAUUUUUACAAGAGGAGUGAUGGAGGAGGAGCCCCUGAAGCUGUAGAUGAGGCAAAUGGUCAAUUAGUCUGCGGCUGCGCUAACAUUUCUUCUUGCAAGAAUAAUAUGACUUUCGGAGAUUGUGAGUUGCCAAAGGCCGAAGUUGCUCCAACAGCAGCAGUAGCUAAAAGGGAAACAAGCUCUUCAAGUGUUGAUAGAAGAAGAGCAUUAUUAUUUGAAUUGCCAUGGCUGCUUGUUACAUCUUUACUGCCUCUUUUCUUGUCAUAACAGUCGCCUUUUUGGCAUUUGACUAAUUAGUUCAUAUGUACAUUUAAUUUGUGGACAAUAAUUAGAAUUGAUGAUAUGAUUCCUGGAAACUACAUUCUCCACCCCUAGUAUAUGUGUGUGAUCAUAUU